UAUGGCCUUAUUAGUAGGACUACUAGCACGUUACCCUUCAUAACUCACCUCACAUUCAUAUUUCCCAUGCUUGCUUUCUUUACAAUUUUCACUUUCUUCUCUCUACUCAACAAUCAACGUGAUCACACCCCCAUCAACCAUACCAACCUUCCCAUGGAGCUACUAGACAAAGCCAAAAACUACGUUGCUGAGAAAAUCGGUGAAAUGCCGAAACCAACGGCGAGUAUAACCGACGUUGAUUUCAAGCGCGUGAGCCGCGAGAGUGUUGAGUAUUUGUCUAAGGUCAAUGUUUCAAAUCCUUAUUCAACUUCAAUUCCAAUCUGUGAAAUCACCUACUCCUUCAAGAGUGCUGCAAGGGAGAUAGCAUCAGGGACAGUACCAGAUCCAGGAUCAUUGAAGGCAAGUGACACAACACUGCUUGAAGUGCUGGUGAAAGUGCCUCAUAGCAUAAUUAUUAGUUUGGCUAAGGAUAUUGGUGCUGAUUGGGACAUUGAUUAUCAAUUGGAUAUUGGUUUGAUUAUUGAUCUUCCUGUUAUUGGAAAUUUCACUAUUCCUCUUUGUCAAAAGGGUGAGAUCAAGCUUCCAACAGUUUCCGACAUGUUUGUUUAGUUUGAUCCAAACAACAUUAAACUAUAAAAUAAAAUGAAUAAUAAUGUUGUCAAUUUUCUGUUUAUCAGUGUGAUUGUACUUUUUAUAUUAUAUGUUAUAAUACUAAACGUUACUACAGUAUUUGGAAUCAA